AUGUUUACUAUGGUACCGGAAUCGGAGGGUGUUGAACAUGAGGAGUCUGGGAACGAGUACCAAAUUCAGAACGGAAAUUCAUACAAUCUAAACUAUGAGAACUUCAAUUUAAAUUGUACGAAUUUGGAUGGGGAACAUAGUGUUAAUGACCUGCCCAGCACGCUUCUUCGAGUCAAACUUUACGAAGUUGACAUACAAUCAAGCAAAUGGAUUGAUAAGGGUACUGGUAGAUGUCGUGUGGAGGAAUCUUUCAUUGGGGAAUCGCCGAAGUUGAUUGUUAAGUCGGAAGAUGACCCGAAUGUUUUUAUCGCUAACACUUAUAUAAAGGACAACACAGACUAUGCCUGUCAAAAUGAUUCAAUAAUUACUUGGCAAGAUGGAGCAAAUCCGGAACUUGUCAGGGCUCUAAGUUUCCAAAAUCCAAUAGGACAUCAUGCUAUAUGGAAUUAUAUAAAUAUGGUAAUAACUGGUAAGAGAACGUAUUCUAACCAAAAACAAUCCACUACGGAUUCCGAUACGACUUACAAGGGAGAUGAUGAUAAUAUUGAGCUUGACGCAUUCCGUGUACUUCCAAUUAUCAAUGCCUAUAGUAUUGACCGAUUAGAACACGAAAUAGAUGCUGCACUUGCGGAUAAUGAGAACUCUGAGGAGAUUUACAUUGAUAUAAUUGAUAAGGCAUGGUUGAAGAUGUUGUUCAACUUCAUGAACAAUUGUAUCUACAAUAAAAAAUACCAAAUAGUAUCUAAAAUCGCAUAUAUUUUGAGACGUAUAUUAUUAAAUUGGUGUGGCAAUCUUGAGUUGAUGCAAAUUAUUGUUUCAGACGAGAUGUUUUUCGACUUCCUCAGGGCUUUUGAAUAUGAUCGGGAGUUAAUUGGACAAGGAAUUGUGUUAAACCAUGUCAAGUUUUUUAAAUGUGCAAGGUUUAUCGACAUAGUAAAUGUUCCUAAUCCUAAUUUCAUAAAAUGUAUCAGUAACGCUUACAGGUUGUCAUAUAUAAAAGAUGUCAUUCUACCGCGCCAUUUGGACGAGUUUUCAAUACAGCGAAUGAAUAAUGUCAUUUUUAACAAUAUGUCAGACAUUUUGACUUUAAUAGUUAAUCAAGGAAGGCAUUUUUUUCAGGAACUCAAAAAUAAGCUGCUGAAAAAUUACCAUGUAGGAUUGUUUUUAAAGGAGCUGCUAAUAUGUGCCAGAAAUAAUCAGCAGCUAAGUCAACCAGAACGUAAUUCACUGAUUCUGAUGGUUAGACAUUAUCACAUACUAAAUGACCUAAUAUCUUAUAUGGAUGGCAGUUGCGAAGCAUGCAAGUUCUAUGAGGAGAACGUUAAACCUAUAAAUUCCAAUUCUAUGCUGGAGUACAAAAAUAUUAAGGAUUCCAUGGCAAAACUGGUAGGAAACUCCCAGAUUUGUGAAAGGUACAAACAUGAAUCGGGAGAGGAGGAUGGAUAUAGACCCAAUCUGCUAAACACCUCGUGCCAUUUGACCCCUGAUCCAGUGACCCUUGCCACGGAAAUAAUAUAUAUAUGCACAGAUAGCUUCCCGGCAGUAGUUAGAGCUGCGAUCUUUGCAAAUGCUGAGAAAAGUGAAACUCACGAGCCACUUUUGAUGCUUCAAUUGUGUAAGGUGAUUGUAGAGUCAUAUAAUGAUGCUAUCCAGUCCCAGUGUAAAGAUAUUAUAGUAAGGCUGAUAGACUCUAGGCAUAUGGACUUGCCUGAAAAAGAUGAAAUUUGUACACUGUUUUAUGACAAAGGGGUACUGGAUUAUCUUUUAAAUAUAAUUUAUACUCCAUUGGAAUGUUUAGACGCUUAUGACUAUAAGAGACUCCAUAAUGCUAAAUUGGAAGCGGUUGACAUAUUGUCAACUUGCGUUAAAGAACAUAAGCAUAGAUUUAAACUGAGGAUUCAGAGCCAAAAGAUUCCUUUAAAGGUAGUGGUAGCUAUGAGUAAGCCAUACGACAAGUUUUUAGCCUUAGGUGUCAUCAAGUUUAUAAAGUCAUGCCUACAGCUCAAAGAUGGGUUUGUUGAGAAGCAUAUAUGCCAACACAACAUUUUACGCAUAGUUAUCUGGAUCCUUAGGAAUUUAAAGGGUAAUAUUAAGGGUAGUGACUAUUCUGACACGUUUAAAAGAGGGAAUCUAGUAGAAUCUGCGUGCUUGGACCUACUGAAUUUCAUUGAAAAUAACUCUAUUGAGUGCCUAAUAAUAUGGCUUUUUGAAGAUCGCAAGUGUAAACUAUGGCUUCAGGGUAUCAAGGAUUAUUAUCCUAUUGUGAAAAUUUUGGAGAAGAAAUAUGAAUUCACAGUUAACAAUUCAAAACGUCCAUUAGUGUUAUCUAAGGACGUAGAUGAUAGUUGGUUUGAGGAGGAAGAAGAUUUGGACGACACUUAUGAUGUUAUGGAGUGCGAUGCACUACCUGAUUACACCAUAUCAAAUCAUUCAACUGAAUUUAGUGCUUACAAUUCUUCAAGUCUGGUUGAAGGUUAUGAUGACGAAGACGAUAUAUUUCCAACUAAGCAAACAGCAAGCAUGGAGGAUGAAUUUAUUAAAUCGCCGAUUAAAUUAUCCCAAGACAAGGUGCCGGUCAAACGUAUUAAUAUUGUUUUGGACACUAGCCAUUAG